AUGGGAGUGUUACAAGUGACGCGAUCUCUGGGUGAUAUCGAAUACAAAUCGCUGAAGGAAGAUUCUUGGAAGACCACGUUUAGCGGUGAGUUAGUCUCUUCGUUCCCUGACAUCUGUAAGGAAUAUCGAAUGCCGGACGACGAGUUUAUCAUUAUGGGGAGUGAUGGGUUGUUCGAUGUUAUUCCUCCACAAGCAUGUAUCAACUUCGUUCGUCGGCAGUUACUUACGAACAACGAUCUAGAUUCGUGUUGUCAGGAGCUGGUAAGAAGAGCCAAAAGGCUCGGAUCCCGCGACAACAUAAGCGCCAUCAUCAUCUUCUUUAACUCCACCAAGGCAAUGUAA